AUGACUUCCACCACCAAAGAAGUAGACUUAGAGAUUCUUCCUUUCAUCCGGGUCUACAAGGACGGUUCAGUGGAACGCCUCGAAGGCUCACCAUUUGUUCCACCAACACCUGAUCAAGACCCAGAAACUGGGGUCUCAUCCAAAGACAUAACCAUUUCAGAGAACCCUUCUGUUUCAGCUCGCCUUUACCUCCCAAAACUUACUGACCACACCCAAAACCAAAAGCUCCCCAUCUUAGUCUACUUCCAUGGUGGUGCCUUUUGCAUAGAGUCCGCCUUUGGAAGCAUCUACCACCGCUACCUCAACAACUUAGUCUCCCAAGUCCAUUUUCUUGCUAUCUCGGUCGAGUACAGACUUGCACCAGAACACCUUCUUCCAGCUGCUUAUGAAGACAGCUGGGCUGCACUUCAAUGGGUUGCCUCUCAAUCAGCUGGUAACGAUAAAGAGCCAUGGUUAAUCAAUAACGGUGACUUUGGAAGAAUAUUUAUAGGAGGUGACAGUGCUGGUGGCAAUAUAGUGCAUAACAUGGUCAUGAGAGCUGGUGUUGAAAGCUUGCCUUGUGGUGUUAAAAUUUUAGGUGUUUAUCUUGUCCACCCACAUUUUUUUAGUUCUCAGGCAUAUGGGUCAGAGUCCAAGGAAGGGCACGAGAAGAGCUUGCUGUAUGCAGUUUGGGACUUAGUGUAUCCCUCAGCAACUAGUGGUGUUGACAAUCCAAUGGUCAAUCCUGAAGGGCCAGGUGCACCGAGCUUGACUGGGAUUGGGUGUGAUCGGAUGCUUGUGUGUGUGGCGGGGAAGGAUGAGAUGAUAAAGGAAAGAGGUGUUUGGUAUUUUGAAAUAAUGAGGAAGAGUGGGUGGAAAGGCGAAAUAGAAUUGUUUGAAGUGGAGGAAGAAGGUCAUAUUUUCCAUAUCUUCAAUAUUGAGAGUGAGAAUGCUAAGGCUAUGGUCAAACGCUUGGCUUCUUUUAUCUUCAAUGAGAGAUUCUUUGGAAUCAUAGUUUCUCAAGGGUGCUAUGUAACAUUCCCAAACAAUGGCCUGACGAAAGGCUGCAAUGACUUCCACCACAAGCUCACGUUACAAGCUCACAAAGUCUUCUAUAUCUUCCUUUUACAAGCUCACGUUAAUAGUUCCACUUUCUCUCUUUCUCAACCAAAGGCUGCAAUGACUUCCACCACCAAAGAAGUACCCAUAGAGCUUCUUCCUUUUAUCCGGGUCUACAAGGACGGCUCAGUGGAACGCCUCGAAGACACCCCUAUUGUUCCACCAUCACCUGAUCAAGACCCAGAAACCGGAGUCUCAUCCAAAGACAUAACCAUUAAUUCAGAGAACCCUUCCAUCUCAGCUCGCCUUUACCUCCCAAAACUCACUGCUCACAACCAAAACCAAAAGCUCCCCAUCUUAGUUUACUUCCACGGCGGUGGGUUUUUCCUAGAAUCCGCCUUGUCAAGCCUUUACCACCGCCACCUCAACAACUUGGUCUCCCAAGUCCAUGUUCUCACCAUCUCGGUUGAGUACAGACUUGCACCAGAGCACCUUCUUCCAGCUGCUUAUGAAGACUGCUGGGCUGCACUUCAAUGGGUUGCCUCUCACUCAGUUGGUAACGGUAAAGAGUCGUGGUUAAUCAAUAACGGUGACUAUGAAAGAAUAUUUAUAGGCGGUGACAGUGCUGGUGCCAAUAUAGUACAUAACAUGGCUAUCAGAGCUGGGGUUGAGAGCUUGCAUUGUGGUGUUAAAAUUUUAGGUGCUUAUUCACAACAUCCUUAUUUUUGGAGUUCUAAGCCAAUUAGGGCAGAGCCUAAGGAAGGACACAAGAAAAGCUUGCCGUAUUUAUUUUGGAACUUUGUGUAUCCCUCAGUAACUAGUGGUGUUGACAAUCCAAUGGUUAAUCCAGAAGGGCCAGGUGCACCGAGCUUGGCUGGGCUUGUGUGUGUGGCUGGGAAGGAUUUGAUGAAGGAUAGAGGUGUUUGGUAUUUUGAAAUGGUAAGGAAGAGUGGGUGGAAAGGGGAAGUAGAAUUGUUUGAAGUGGAGGAAGAAGAUCAUAUUUUCCAUAUCCGCAAUAUUGAGACACAGAAUGCUAAGGCUAUGGUCAAACAUUUGGCUUCUUUUAUCUUCGAGUAAAACUAUUUUCUGGCACAUUAUUCUAGGACUGCAGCUUGACAGCAAGGGAUAAUAAUUAUAGCGGUAGUAGAUGCUUCCUGAUGAAUCUUGACGAGUCCCACUUGCUUCCUACCACUGUUUAAGUUUAACUUAUGUUGUUUGAUUGAGGAUUCCUUAUGUCAAAGACGAAUAAAAAUCAUGUGUCUCA